AUGUGUUGGAUUCAGGAAUCCCUGAUGUUCAAGGAUGUGGCUGUGGACUUCACCCGGGAGGAGUGGAGACAUCUAGAUCCUACACAGAGGACCCUGUUCAGGGAUGUGAUGUUGGAGAAUUAUGAGAACCUUAUCUCCUUAGGGCUUCCUGUUUCCAAACUGGAUGUGAUCUCCCUGUUGGAGAGAGGAGAAGCACCCUGGAGGCCUGAGGAAAGGGGCUCACAAUGCUUCUGCCCAGGUUCCCUCAUUGAGGAGAGCAGGAUUCCAAUCAAAGAUUCUCUGCUCAUACAGGCUAUUUGUCUGGAAGAAGCCCCUAAGAAAAGAUUGCUAAAGGAUCCUGCUCAGUCUUCAAAGAUGCAAGAAGCUAAAGAAGACGAUAUUAAUUUAGAGAAACUGAAGGGCAGUCAGAGGAGACAGUCUAGACAUGUAACAAUCACUCCUAGAACAACUUUUAAUAAAUGGAAUGUGCCCACUCAGGGUUAUACACUGGGAAGAAGUUUUAGUCCAGGGUCAGUCUUGGGUCUAUUGUGGAAGGGAGGUAUGGAGAAACAUCUCUACAGAUAUAAGACACUUGAAAAGAACUUCAGAGACUUUUCAGACCUGAAUAUGUGUAAUGGAUCCUCCUUAGAGAAAAACUUGGGGAAAUGUGGCUUGUGCAGGAAACCCUUCAGUUACUGCUCAGACUUAAUUAAAUUUCAUAGAAUUCAUACAAGAAAAAGGCUUCAUGAACACAGUGAAUGUGGAAAAGCCUUUGGUAGAAGACAAAAUGGCACUGGAUAUCAGAGAACUGAUACUGGGGAAAAACUGAAAUGUACUCAAUAUGAGAAAGUCUUUAGCCACAAGGAAAUCUUGACUAAACUUAAGAAAUGUCAUACUGGAAUGAAACUGUUUGAAUGUAAUGAAUGUGGGAAGUCCUUCAGGGAAAGUAAAGUACUCAAAAGCCAUCAGAGAAUUCAUACUGGAGAAAAACCUUUUAAAUGUAAUGAAUGUGGGAAAGGCUUUAGCCAGAGAGCCAACCUUGUUAGGCAUCAGAGAACUCAUACUGGUGUGAAACCUUUCGAUUGUAAUGAGUGUGGUAAAGCCUUCAGUCAGAGGGGACAGCUCAUUUAUCAUCAGAGAAUUCAUACCGGAGAAAAGCCCUUUGAAUGUAGUAAAUGUGGGAAAUGUUUCAGCCGGAGGGCAAUCCUUAUUAUUCAUCAGAGAACUCAUACUGGAGAGAAACCCUUUGCAUGUAAUGAAUGUGGAAAAGCCUUCAGUGAGAGUAAAGUACUGAAAAGCCAUCAGAGAAUUCACACUGGAGAAAAACCCUUUGAAUGUAAUGAAUGUGGAAAAGCCUUCAGCCAGAGGAGGCUGCUCAUUUAUCACCAGAGAAUUCAUACUGGGGUGAAACCCUUUGAAUGUAAUGAAUGUGGAAAAGCCUUUAUUGAGAGUCGAGUAUUGAAAAGCCAUCAGCGAAUUCAUACUGGAGAGAAACCUUUUGAAUGCAAUGAAUGUGGCAAAGGCUUCACCCAGAGGGGCCAUCUUAUUAGACAUCAGAGAACACACACUGGAGUGAAACCCUUUGAAUGUAAUGAAUGCCAGAAAGCUUUCAGUCAGAGAGGAAACCUCAUUUGUCAUCAAAGAAUUCAUACUGGAGAAAAGCCUUUUGAGUGUAGUGAAUGUGGUAAAGGCUUUAGACAGAGGGCAGUCUUUAUCACCCAUCAGAGAACUCAUACAGGAGUGAAACCCUUUGAAUGUAAUGAAUGUGGGAAAGGCUUCAGCCAGAGAGGACACCUCAUUAGACAUCAGAGAACCCAUUCUGGAGCGAAACCUUUUAAAUGUAAUGAAUGUGGCAAAGGCUUCAGCCAGAGUGGACACCUUAUUAAACAUCAGAGGACCCAUACUGGAGCAAAACAAUUUGAAUGUGAUGAAUGUGGGAAAGUCUUUACCUGGAAGGGACAUCUUGUUUCCCAUCAGAGAACUCAUACUGGAGAGAAACCAUUUGAAUGUAAUGAAUGUGGGAAAGCUUUUAGUCUAAAGGCAAAACUUGUUAUCCAUCAGAGAACUCAUACUGGAGAGAAACCAUACCAAUGUAAUGAAUGUGGAAAAACCUUUAGCCAGAAGGCUGGUCUUAUGGUCCAUCAGAGUACUCAUACUGGAGAGAAACCAUACAAAUGUAAUGAAUGUGGAAAAACUUUCAGUGUAAAGCAAAGCCUUAUAAAACAUCAGAAAACUCACACUGAAAAGAAACAAUUUCAUUGUAAUGAAUGUGGGAAAGCUUUUAGUCGUAAGGCAACUCUUACUAUCCAUCAGAGAAUUCAUACUGGAGAGAAACCAUUUGAAUGUAAUGAAUGUGGGAAAGCCUUUAGUAAAAAGGGAAAUCUUAUUACCCAUCAGAAAACUCAUACUGGGGAGAAACCAUUUGAAUGCAAUAAAUGUGGGAAAGCCUUUAGUCAUAAAAGAAGUCUUAUUAUCCAUCAGAGAAUUCAUACCGGAGAGAAACCAUUUGAAUGUAAAGAAUGUGAAAAAACUUUUUUUGACCUUAUCAGGCAUCAGAGAACUCACACUGGAGAGAAACCAUUUCAGUGUAAUGAAUAUGGGAAAGCCUUUGGGGGUAAAACAAAUCUUAUUACCCAUCAAAGAACUCACACUGGAGAGAAACCAUUUGAGUAUAAUGAAUGUGGGAAAGCCUUUAGACAGAAGGUGCACCUUAUUUACCAUCAGAGAACUCACACUGGAGAGAAAGCAUUUCCGGACACAACUGGGGUGCACGAGGGGCGACCACCUAAGGCUCCACAGGGGGAGGGAGGGGGAACCUCGCACGCAAGAGACACGAGUCGUACAGAUGUUGGCAAGGUUCCGUUUAUUGAUUGUGCAGGCAAGGUUUAUAUAGAGAAAAAGGGGGACGGCUAUAGUUGGCGGGAGUUUUUACUGCUGUUGGACCUGCCAAGCCUGAGUCCAGGUACUGUCACGGGUACAGUUUUUACUACCUGA